GGUUCAGGUGACCGGGUCUGCCUACUUCUGUCUUUAGGCAAUUUUCUUAAAAUGUAUAAACUAGGUUACUUUUGAAGAAAAGUCACACAACUAGUUACAACGCCGAGGUGAAACAACCAGAAGAAGAAAGGCAGCAAUAAUAAUCGAAGGGCGUCAUGUCCACAGAGGGCAAUUCGUACGAAGGUGUAGACUUUGGUCACCAGGACAAUCCCCCACCAUACUACGACAACGCUACACCACAGUCCCUUCCAGUGAUGAACACCACACAACCAACAUUCUACCUACCUCCAUCGGAUUAUUCCGAAUCGCAACCAGGAGGCAUGGUCAAUCCUCCUCCAUAUCACAUCAACAACCCCAGUGAAGGAACUUUCCCUGGGCCGAUGGUGAUCCCUUCUCCAGAACCGGCGCAUCCACAAGAAAUGGGCAUUUCUCAUCCACAACCCAGCAACAACCGAAAAAAAUGUAUCCAAAAGCCUCUUCCAAUGUAUAACCCAGAACUCUUAACACCACAGAUCCCCAGACCAACCGUGCCCGAAGCAUUUCCUUUGCCCACCAUGAUUCCCGGAAUGAUGGCACCACUGCAGGACCUUCAGAACAGUCCAGUUCCAGGCACAGAGUUUGUUCAUACUGUCCAACCAAUGGUGGUGACCACACAAACUACCGUGAUCUCUACUCAUACACCCCCCUGUAAGGACUAUUUAACGUGGUCCAUCCUGAACAUUAUAUUUUGUUGUUUCAUUUUCGGGACAGUGGCGCUUAUCUUCAGCCUUCAGACACGUUCCGCUAAAAGGCGCCGGGACUGGGAUUUGGCGAUGGAAAAAUCCCACAAAGCUUUUCGCUUCAACGUGGCCGCCAUCACUUUUACAUGUUGCCUUGCUGCUUCUAUCAUACCUGCUGUGUACCGCCUAAACUACUACUCUUACACAAGUUACCAUGGAUAACUGCGCACUGAUCUACACGAGGGCGACGCGCUCUUUGGGGGUUACAGGGUGAAAGGUUUUCCUUUUGUAGUAUUUGGUGGAUUAGGGAAGGGUUAAAACCUCCGUCAAGUUUUCUUCCCCUUUGAGAUAUCCUCUCGCUAUCUGUUCUGGUAAGGCCCCAGUCACAUCAGCGCGUCUCCAAAGUCGCGUGAUUUCCAGUGCGACUUUGAUGCCACUUUUGGUGCAACUUUGAUGUGACUUUACACUCUCUGGAUCAGUCGCAUCAAAAGUCGCACCACAAUAUGCAGCAUUUUUGAGCUUUGGCGGGUUUUUUUUAUUAGCCAAUAGGAAAAAAAACAUCUGUUGCAUCAUUUGUUGCUAGGGUUUUAAGCUUUUUUAUAGCUUUUCCAUCAGCAUUCAUUUCUUGUUUUUAAUUAUUAUUCAUUUAUUAUAAAAAAAAAUCCCCCGUUGGUGUAAGAGGAGUUAAAGUUAGAUUAGGGUUAGGAUUAGGGGUUAAGGUUUGGGUUAGGGGUUAAUAUUUUAUUUUAUGUAUUA